AUGGCGACGGUCUCUGUUGUAACCAUCGCCGGCGAUGCGCUUCAGCGAAACGACAGCGUUGCCGACAUCACCAAGGACAAGCAAGUCCAGAUCUCGAUUACCCCUAUCGAGGAUGAAGAGAUCAGCGCCGCGGGUAAACACAGUGUCGAUAGCUUGAAUUCUGAGCGAUCGCGACAGAGCAUUGAAGGACAAGUUACUCGACUACGAGAAGAAAUCACCGUCGCAAACAAUGUCCUCGAGCUCUGCAUCCGUGAAGCUGUCACGGCCGGCAGCACGGUCGAAAAGAAGAAGCUGCAGGAAAGGACCAAUGCUGCAUACACGGCUUGGGCAGCGAAAGAGUUGAUUUUGAGCGACCUAUUGAACUCAAUGCAGGACUCAGAUGACAGCUCAUCGUACAGCUCAUCCACAACGAAUACUAGGAAGCUGAGCAUACAGCCUUACCCAACAAGUACCAUGCGCAGAAGCUCAACCAUCUCGAUGGACAACUCGGCCUCGGCGACAGCCUUUAUGCAAAAAAUUGGCUGGGUAAGCCCCGCAUCACUCAUCCAGUAUCUGAAUAGCGGCAUUGAGGUGAAUGGCAUGGGAUCGUUUCCUGGCUACCCACAGCACCCAAUCACUCCACUAAUGGCCAUCAUCCGCUCUCCGUUCGUCUCGGAAUCGACCGAGAUCAUUGAGCUCCUUCUUGAUCAAGAGGCAGACCCAAGCGUUCGCGACAGCCAGGGCCUUUCAGCAUACGCGCACGCCAUCUAUGCACGACGCAAGGACGCUGUCAAACUAUUCGUUCAAACUCUAAUCAAUUACGAACGCGCCGGCAUUGCCACAGGCAAUGCAUCAAUGAAUCUGGACACUACCUGGACCGGCGCCAAGCACCUUCGCUGGGAAGCAGCACAAGCCGUUAUCGACAACGAUAUGCCAACCCUCGCGUCCCUUCUUUCAGACAAGUCAGCAAGCCACACUGUCAUUCACACCGCCUGUCUCCCUCUCGCUAUUCUUUUUGAAAACAUGCCUGCCGUGGAAGCGCUCCUGGCCUAUGGCAUCAACUCUUUCGAGCUCUUCCGCCGCUCGCCCGCACACAGCAGCCGGCCAUUCACAAGUCCCAUGUCCAUGGCGAUUUACUUGCAGAACCUCACCAUCGUGCGCACCUUACUGUUCCACGACCUCGAAACCUCAGCGCGGCGCGGGAGGAUCUGGUACGCGCAGUUCUUCACCUCAAUGCCGCCAUCGUACCCCAAUUCCGAGAUGAUCGAAUUCAUCCUCGACAAUGUCCCCUUGGUCGAAGCAUUCGACCGAGCCAUCAGAUGCGAGGACCAGAAUUGGAUCCACCGCAUCAUCCUGCGCACUGUCAGCCUCCUCCUGCAGCCGAGCGACGACAGCACCGGCAGCCGCAACACGGCCGCGGCGGCCUUUUCCAAUCUGUUCGACCGAGCGUGGAACCUGAAGCUGUGCGCCAAGAAAGAGCUGGCCGUGGAAAUUGUCGCGAUGGUUGAGCGCGAAACCGAGCGCGACUUCACUUUCGUUGCGUGUGGAGGGACGCUCGGCAUUUCGCCGAAGAUGGUCGAUAAGCUCACCAUUGCUGCAAGUGGACGGUGA